GUCGCGAGUGGUCGUCAAUAAAAGUAACCGGUGAAUAAAUCAGUGGUUUUUAUUUCGGUUCCGAAAACGACUUGAACAUCAAUACCCAAGGGAGACGCUACAAUUUGGCGCAGCCGAACGGAUAAAUCAAGAUGGAUGAUAACAGUUACCCCUUAGCGCCUUUCAACGAAGCGGUAGAUGCAUCGGAUCUCCGUCGAGAGUGGGAAGAGUGGCUUAGAGCGUUCGAGUUGUUGCUGGAGUUAAAACAGAUUGAUUCACAGCAUGGUAAACUGGUACUCAUGCUAGCACGCGGAGGCCGGGGUCUCCAAAGGAUUUAUUACAAUCUGAGGCCAGUAUCUGGAGAAAUCUAUCCAGAACCAUCGAAAGUGCCUCUAGCACCAGAAGAAAUCUCCGAAUUCGAUAACGCGGUCAAACGUUUGAAUCACUUCUUCGUCGGAAAACGCAAUGAGCGGGUCGAAUUAGAAGUUUUUCGCUCGCUUAAGCAGUCUGCUGACGAAUCUUUCAAUCACUUCGUUCUCAAGCUUCGCACGCAAGCUUCCAGAUGUGAUUUCCGAGACCGGGAGGAGAAGGAAAUUUUGCAACAAGUAACUAUCGGUGCCAGGGAUGAAAGGGUUAGAGACAAAGGUCUCGAGAGCACGAUGGACCUCGACGAGUUGACCAACUACGCCAUAAAUCGAGAACUACUGAUGAAGCAAAAGCAGAAAUCCCAGCCGUUCAAAGUUGAAUCCGACUCAGCUAGCGUCUCAGCGGUGAAACAAAUCUGGAACAGAAAGCAACAAUCCAAGGAGCGAUCUUCCGGAAUGACUUCGUUCAAACGAGAGAAGCCGUGGAAUGAGGGAAAUCGUGUUCGAUCGGAAUGCGAUCGCUGCGGUUCAUGGAAACACUUCAAAGACUCGAAAAUGUGCAUUGCCCGAAAUUCCAAAUGCAACAAUUGCGGCCGUAUGGGCCACUUCGCCAGGAAAUGCAGAGCAAUAAGAAAGUCGCAGCUCAAAGCCCGCAGCACUUGGAAGCGUGCCGAUGAGGAGACCAAUACCGUACAAGAUAUCGACCGAGACGACAUGGAGCCCCUAGGCUAUCGCAAGACGUCGGAUGAUUCGAUGAAGAUGAGCCGAAAAAACGAUGGAUUUAUUACGUGUAAAAUUGAUCAGCAUCCUGUUAUCUUCUUAAGGCUCAAGGCUCCAUAACUCUGUUUUGAAAAUUAAUGACGUUAUUGCUUGUUAGUAUUGGUGAGACAACUAGCACGAAAAAGUGACGAAAAUUUGAGGUGGGUGGAAAUGGGGUGGUAAAAGCUUGUCAGCUGCUACAUAAUGUUGCCAGCUGCAACAAAAUGUUUACUUUUGAGCAUUUAUGAAAUAUUUAUUAUAUGGAAACUUAUUUUAAAAUUCUUCAUACACCACUGGGCUUUCAACAUACAGUGUUGGUGAAAGUACAGUAAAACACUUUGAUUCUCCGAAUAUUUACAUUUUAUCCGGUAAAAUUUCGUGCACCGAGCACACUGAGACAG